UUGUUACAAAAUGGAUAUGCGUGAUUCCUGAAACGCGUUUCCAAUCCAAUCCAAAAUCUAUUUGAUUGAUUGAUUAUUUCUAGUACAAAUUGAUUCUAAUCACUUUUCUUUUCAUUUGCCCCCAAAAUGCUUAUAUUCAUCCAAGAAUCACAAAACCAAGAAACCAAAACAGAGUGUGAUCAUUGAUCAAAAGAAUUCAACUAUGAAUUCUUCAACUCCGCCACCUCCUCCGCCACGCAGCCACCACAAACCCAUCUCCAAAACCCGCCUCUACUUCCUCACCGCCCUCCUCUGCACCGCCUCCUACCUCCUCGGCGUCUACCAACAACGCUCCCGCUUCCCCACAACACCACCACAACCACCCUGCAUCGAAAACCAAAACUCCCUCACCACCACCACCACCGCCGCCGCCAACACCCUCGAUUUCCUCCCCCACCACCAACCCUCUCACGUGCCAGAACUUUCCAGAACGUUCACCUUCCCUCGCUGCAGCGCCAAUUUCAGCGAGUACACUCCAUGCGAGGAUUUCCAGAGGUCUCUGAGGUUCAACCGAGACAGGAUGAUAUACAGGGAGAGACACUGCCCUGAACCCGACGAGGCGGUCACCUGCCGUAUUCCGCCGCCGCAUGGCUACCGGAACCCUUUUCCGUGGCCGGCGAGCAGGGACCACGCCUGGGUUGCUAAUGUGCCUCACCGUGAGCUGACUGUUGAGAAGGCUGUGCAGAAUUGGAUCCGGUACGACGGUGAUCGGUUCUUUUUCCCCGGCGGCGGAACCAUGUUCCCUAACGGCGCUGAUGCGUACAUUGAUGAUAUCGGAAAGUUGAUCAAUCUCAAAGAUGGUUCUAUUAGGACUGCUCUUGACACUGGUUGUGGGGUUGCUAGUUGGGGAGCUUAUCUUCUAUCCCGUGACAUCCUAACAUUAUCCUUUGCACCGAGGGACACUCAUGAAGCACAAGUUCAGUUUGCUUUGGAGCGAGGAGUUCCUGCAUUGAUUGGAGUCUUAGCCUCCAAGAGGCUUCCUUUCCCUUCCAGAGCUUUUGACAUGUCUCACUGCUCUCGCUGCCUCAUUCCUUGGGCUGACAAUGAUGGGGUAUUUCUAAACGAAGUCGAUCGAGUUCUACGCCCUGGCGGGUACUGGAUUCUAUCGGGGCCACCAAUCAACUGGAGGAAACACUGGAAAGGUUGGCAGAGAACAAAGGAGGGUUUGAACAAAGAGCAGAACAAGAUUGAGAAGGUAGCCAAAAGCCUCUGCUGGAACAAGUUAGUGGAGAAGGAUGACAUUGCUAUUUGGCAGAAACCAAAAAACCACUUAGAUUGCAAGGCCAAUCUUAAGCAGCACAGGCCUUUCUGCAAUGCACAGACCAAUCCUGACAAAGCCUGGUAUACAGAUUUGCAAACAUGUUUGAUUCCAGUGCCUGAAGUGUCCAGCAAAGAAGAAACUGCUGGUGGAAUAUUGAACAAUUGGCCACAGAGACUAAAAUCCACACCACCAAGGAUUUCAAAGCAAACCAUUGAAGGUGUUACUCCUGAAACUUAUGCAAAGGAUUAUGAGCUGUGGAAGAAAAGGAUAUCAUAUUAUAAGAAAGUGAACAAUCAACUUGCAAAAGCUGGGAGAUACCGCAACAUUCUGGAUAUGAAUGCCAAUUUGGGUGGAUUUGCCGCUGCGCUAAUUGAGGAUCCUGUUUGGGUCAUGAAUGUGGUUCCUGUCCAGGCUAAGGCUAGCACACUUGGAGCAAUAUAUGAACGGGGAUUGAUUGGAAUAUAUCAUGACUGGUGUGAAGCAAUGUCUACUUAUCCCAGAACUUAUGAUCUAAUUCAUGCUGAUUCACUGUUCAGCCUUUACAAUGACAGAUGUAAAUUGGAAGACAUUCUGCUAGAAAUGGAUAGGAUUCUUAGACCUGAAGGAGCAGUGAUCAUCCGAGAUGAUGUUGAUAUGUUGGUAAAAGUAAAGAGCAUCGCCAAUGGAUUGGAAUGGGAUAGUGUAAUUGUAGACCAUGAAGAUGGGCCUCUUGUAAGGGAGAAACUUCUACUUGCUGUGAAGAAGUAUUGGACAGCUCCUGCAACUUCCGGGAAGACUAAUUAAAAACUUGUAUAUAUAGAUAGAACCUUCAAAUUUUUGGUUUAGUUUUUCUCAUUUGGCUUUAUGCUUUUUUUCUUCCUACUCAUUUUUUCCAAUAUAUUUUUUAGUCCUUUUUACUUACUUUUUUGAGAGAGGGUAUAUGCAAAGGCAAGUCUUAUGUUUACUGAGUGCAAAUUGUCACUCAAACUGAAUGACAGACACCUUAUUAGUAUGGUUA